UGCCGUAACUCCCAAGCUGGGUAAGAUUAACACACAAACGGGAGCAGCGAAGAGGAUAAGGGAGAUAGCCGAAACCGACGGAGUGUACUCCUUCCGGGAAGGACAAGUUGAAGAUCUCCUCUCCUUGAGGAGCGUUUUGUCUUCUCUCUAUCUCUUCCUCUUUUUUUUUUUUGUUUUUCUAAAUUUCUUUGAACGCGGGAAUCUAAUCCCAAUUCUAGGUUUGGGAUUUCGGGUUUAGGGGUUUGAAAUUGAUAUUGAAAUGGCAAUAACCAUCACUUCCUUGGGCUACUAUUGUUGCCAUUGCCACCACACUAUCAACACAAGCCCCCCAAAGUUGGCCUCCUCCAGGCGUCAUACACUCAGUUGGAGGAGCUUCCGAUGUUCCUACUCCACCACAGUCACCCCGUAUUCCAACGCUCCCAUCGACGGCAGCUCCACAUCCCGCUUGGACUGUGUCAUCGUUGGAGCCGGUAUAACCGGCCUCACCAUCGCCCAGGCCCUGUCUGGUAACAAUGUGCUCGUGACGGAGGCCAGAGAACGAGUGGGCGGCAACAUUACCACGGUGGAGAGGGACGGAUAUCUAUGGGAAGAGGGUCCCAACAGUUUCCAGCCCUCCGACCCAAUGCUGACCCUGGUCGUGGAUAGCGGCCUCAAGGAUGAUUUGGUACUGGGAGAUCCCAAAGCCCCUCGUUUCGUUUUCUGGGAGGGCAAGCUCAGAGCUGUCCCCUCAAGCCCCACCGACCUUCCUUUCUUCGACUUGAUGUCGUUCCCCGCCAAACUCAGGGCCGCUUUUGGUGCCUUAGGUUUUCGUCCUUCACCUCCAGCUCAUGAGGAGUCGGUUGAACAGUUUGUGCGUCGUAAUCUUGGCAACGAGGUCUUUGAACGCUUGAUUGAGCCUUUCUGCUCUGGUGUUUAUGCUGGUGAUCCAUCAAAGUUGAGUAUGAAAGCUGCCUUUGGAAAAGUUUGGAAGUUGGAGCAAAAUGGCGGCAGCAUCAUUGGUGGAACCAUUAAAGCACUAAAAGAUAGAUCUAGUAGCGCCAAAGUUCCUCGAGAUCCGCGUUUGCCAAAGCCAAAAGGUCAAACAGUCGGAUCAUUUAAGAAGGGACUGGCCAUGUUACCUGAUGCGAUCUCUUCAAGGUUGGGAAGCAAAGUUAAAUUGUCAUGGAAGCUCUCAAGUAUUGCCAAGUCAGAAGACGAUGGGUAUACCUUAAUAUAUGAGACACCGGCGGGAGUUAUUUCUGUGCAGACCAGAAGUGUGGUGAUGACUGUUCCUUCCUAUGUGGCAAGCAGUUUAUUGCGUCCUCUUUCAGCAGCUGCAGCUGAUGCACUUUCAAAAUUCUACUACCCUCCUGUUGCUGCGGUCACCAUUUCGUAUCCUCAGGAGGCAGUUCGUGGGAAUUGUUUGAUUGAUGGUGAACUGAAGGGUUUUGGACAGUUGCAUCCACGCACCCAAGGAGUUGAAACUUUGGGUACCAUAUACAGUUCAUCGCUUUUCCCUAACCGUGCACCGCCUGGGCGGGUCCUUCUCCUGAACUACAUUGGAGGAGCAACAAAUCCUGGAAUUUCAUUGAAGACUGAGAGCCAACUUGUUGAAGCAGUCGAUCGUGACGUGAGGAAGAUGCUCAUAAAUUCUAAUGCUCGCGAACCUCUUGUUCUGGGGGUCCGAUUAUGGUCACAGGCAAUUCCACAGUUUUUGGUUGGUCAUUUGGAUACGUUAAAUGCUGCAAAAAAUGGUCUCGCUAACUGUGGAUUAAAAGGACUGUUUCUUGGGGGUAACUAUGUUUCUGGGGUAGCUUUGGGGAGAUGUGUGGAGGGUGCUUAUGAAGUUGCAGCUGAGGUAAAAGACUUUUUGGCUCAAUAUGUGUGCAAGUAAAUAGUCUUACCAGAAGAAGAAAACUUAUUGUAUUUUUCAUUUUUUUGGAUUUGAUAAAAUGGCCAUUUUAUGAAUAAUUUUGCUAAUCUUCUUCCUCCAAUGAUGUUCUGGAGGUUUCAGCGGAAUUGUGUUUGCAGUAUUGUUUAGGUUUGGGGCGGGCAGUGGCGAUGGUUUGUUAGGUUUUUGCCAUCUUGCUGCCCCAGACGAACAUACCAAUUUGUUCUUUGUCUGCAGAAUCCAAGACUUUUUGCGUGUGAGCUGUUUCAGCUUUCA